AUGUUGGUUGUUGUGCCUGGCUCGUUGGACAUCGCGCCAUGCGUGUUUCCCACAGAGAGCCUCGAGGGACGGGGCUUCAAAUCUAUCCCACUAAGCCUGCCUGGAUCCAGUCAAAUCGACAGCGAAGUGCUGCUGCGCGCUUGGGCUGUGAUUCUGCGAUACUAUGUCGGCAGUGAUACAAUCUCGUUCGGCAGUGUUGAUGACGGCGACUCUGCGUCGCAAUUCGCGGUCUGCCAUGGUGACAUUGAUGCAUCUGCUGCGCUGGAUACAUUGCAAGUUUCACACGCUUCGGGCGAGUCAGAUAGCUCGUCUAUUUCAAAAUGGAUCGCAUCAAAUACCUUCAACACUCUUGUGUGGAAGAGCGCAAACCCCUCACUUCAUGAUUUGGAGAACACAUCGUGCUCUCUUGCCCUCUUAAUUUCCGAUACCCCUUCCUUAGCCUACGCUUCACAUACCAUUGGCGAAAACGUGGCCACCGCCGCAGCUGAAGGCCUGGCCUAUGUGGCCAGCAUAAUUACCAGCUCUCCCCAGACCACAAUUGGCGCGGUAGAUCUCUUUGGUCCUGCGUCAUGGUCCCAGCUCGAAAAGUGGAAUGCAGAGCUUCCCGAAAUGAUCGAGGAGUGUAUGCAUGAGAUUAUCGACCAACAAGCGCAAGCUCGUCCCAAAUCCACGGCAUUGGAGUGCUGGGAUGGCUCCGUAUCGUACGCGCAAUUGGUAGACUACACAGAUCGACUGGGCAACUUUUUGAUCUCGCAAAAUGUUGGCCCUGAGGUCUUUGUGCCUGUCUGUUUCGAUAAGUCUCUUUGGGCCGUAGUCUCCAUGCUGGGUGUCUUGAAGGCUGGUGGCGCCUUUGUAUGUAUUGAUCCAGCACAACCAGUAGAUCGGUUGCAGACGAUCAUAAGUGAAGUAAACGCGCAGAUCGCUUUGGGAGCCCCAACUUACCGCGAUCUGCUAUCCGGCAUGGUUUCGAACGCCAUCUCAGUCGACGCCGACUUCAUUCUCAGCCUUCCUACCUCAUCUCCUCUUCCUCAUCGUGCCUCCCCCCACGAUGCCGCUUUCGCCAUCUUCACCUCUGGCAGCACGGGCAAGCCGAAGGGUGUCGUUCAUGAGCACCGCGCUAUGUGCUCCAGUGCUAGACGACAUGCUGCGAAAAUGAACAUUAACAGCGAGACCCGCACCUUCCAAUUCGCUUCCUAUACCUUCAUCGUCAACACAUUCGAGUUGUUCACUCCCUUGGUGGAAGGUGGUUGCGUCUGUGUUCCCUCCAAGGAAGAUCGACUGGGACGCACCGCUGGUGUCAUGCGUGACUUGAACGCCAAUUGGGCCUGCUUGACCCCAUCCUUCCUCCGAUCGCUCAAACCCGAAGACAUUCCACAACUCCGUACCCUCCUACUGGCUGGCGAGCCCGUCCAACAAGACAGCCUGGACAUAUGGCGCAGUCGGUUGACAAUGAUGAACAUGUACGGUGCUUCCGAGGCUUCAGUUUGCGUGACUGGAGACCUAUCUGGUAAAGUUGAGCGAUCAACUAUUGGAACUGGCACUGGCUGCAUAACAUGGGUGGUGGACCCGACAGACCACGACAGACUUGCACCUCUUGGAGCAACUGGUGAGUUGGUCGUCGAGGGCCCAAUUCUCGGUCGUGAAUACAUCCACCAGCCUGAGAAGACAGCCGAAGUUUUCAUUUCUGGAACACCCUGGAUGCAGAAGAUGCGUGGCGACGUGCCAACGCGUGCAUACAAAACUGGUGAUUUGGUUAGAUAUGGAACUGAUGGCCGCAUCAACCUUGUUGGCCGAAAGGACAUGCAGAUCAAGUUGAGAGGUCAACGAAUUGAGCUGGAAGAGGUCGAGUUCCACUUGCGACAGGUACUCCCUCGAGGCACUGAGGUUGUAGUCGGUCUGGCGAAGCCCGUCGACCAGCUCGAUCGACCCAUGCUUGCUGCCUUCGUCGCCCUUCAGAAGGCCUUUGGUGACAACUUUUACCCUGUUGAUGAGGAAACCGCCGGACAGCUUGAAUCACAGCUGACCGGCUGGAAGAGCAAAGUGGCUGAGCAUGUUCCUGGGUACAUGGUCCCAUCCACCGUCGUUAAGCUGAAGCAUUUGCCAUUGACUGCGUCCGGAAAAAUCAACCGUAAAGCAAUUGGUGACUUUGCCUGCACACUCACGGUGGCUCAGUUGACCGGAGCUGUGAGCAAGGCCUACAAGGAGCCUGCCACGAGCUCCGGAAAGCUGUUGCGCAGUAUGUGGGCGGAAGCUUUGGACCUGAAGGAAGAAGCCAUCUCUGCUGAUGAUAGCUUCCUUGAACUCGGAGGAAACUCCAUUGAUGCCAUGAAGCUCGUCAACUUGGCCCGUAACGCAAGCAUCAAGCUGAGCGUGGCAGAGAUCUUCACCCACCCUGUUCUUGAUGAGAUGGCCGAAUCCGUGUCGCAGCUAGAUUACCAGGCUUUCGAAGAUGUUCCAUUCUCCUUGAUCAAGGAAAAUGCUGGCUCUCUCAUCGAGGAAGCUGCCAAGCUGUGCCAGGUUACUGCAUUGGAGAUCGAAGACUUGUAUCCAUGCACUGCGAUGCAGGAGGGUCUGAUGGCUCUCUCGGAUAGCCGAGAUGGAGCUUACGUCGCACAUCACACGCUCGCUCUGAGCACAGCUGUUGAUGUUGGCCAGUUCAAGCACGCCUUCCAGGAGGUUGUGACAGCUCAUCCUGUUCUUCGGACAUGCAUCGUCUACCCUGAGCAGGCUGGGUCGCACCAAGCUGUUAUCAAGGGAGAUAUUGAAUGGCGCACCGCCGAUAGUCUUGAAGCUUACAUGAAAAUGGACAAGGAGCGCCCGAUGAGGGCAGGACAGCUUCUGACCCGUUAUGGCCUUGUCCCUGAUGGACAAGCAUGGACUUUUGUCUGGACCGUUCACCAUGCUGUCUACGAUGCCUGGACCCUGGACUUGACAUUUGAUCGCCUGGACAAGGCAUACAAGGGCCAGGUCUUGGAGCGUGAUAGUACUUUCAAGGAGUUCAUGGCCCAUGUGGUCAGCACUGAUGCCGACGCUACGAAACAGUUCUGGCAGGAGUAUCUGGCAGGUGCCACACGGAACGAGUUCCCCUCGGCCGUUUCUAUCUCCAAGCAGCCGGUGGCAGAUGCCUCAGUGGCACAUGAAAUGGCCAUCAAUCGCACCGACGAGCUUGCCGGCAUCACUAUUGCCUCUAUGGUCCGCGCCGCGUGGGGUGUUCUCAUCGGCUCUCAUUCGGAGGCAGACGAUGUUGUAUUUGGCUCCAUUGUAUCCGGUCGCAACGCUCCCGUUGCGAAUGCAGACCAACUGUUUGGUCCUGGUAUUGCUGCAGUCCCAUUGCGCGUCAAGUUCCCUGAUAACGAUACUUUGACAAUUCGCGAUUUCAUUGCUGAGCUGCAGGCUCAGUCUACAAGAAUGAUCUCUUUCGAGCAAGCUGGCUUGCAGAACAUCAGCCGUGUGAGUGCAGCUGCUACUCAGGCGUGUGAUUUCCAGACCCUGCUGGUGGUGCAGCCCCAUAAGGAGAAGUAUGUCCCAACUGACGAGAUUGACUUGCGAGCUGUCUCUGAUGUUGAUGCAAACUUUGGUACCUACGCCUUGACUCUGGAGUGCAGUCUCAAGUCGAAUGGAGCCUCUUUUGUUGCCCACUAUGACUCUAGCCUGGUUUCCGAGAGUCUUGUGCAGCGUAUCCUUCAUCAGCUGGAGAACCUUGUGCAGCAGAUGUGCUCCGCUCCGGCUGACAAAAAGCUCAAUGAUUUGGUCUUUAUCAGUUCCCAAGAUCAGAAGAGCCUCCGCGAGUGGAACAAGAACAUCCCAAAGCCUAUCCAAAAGACAAUUCACCAGAUGAUCGGAGAACGCAUUGCCGAGCGCCCUGACCAUGAAGCAAUUUGCUCCUGGGAUGGCUCUUUCACCUACUCUGAAUUGGACCAGCACGCCUCUCGUCUUGCUCGCUGCCUGCGUCAACUGGGCACCCAACCGGAAACCUUUGUCCCGUGCUGCUUUGAGAAGAGUCGCUGGGCUUUGCCCGCUAUGCUUGGUGUGUUGCGUGCUGGAGGUGCCUUCCUCAACCUUGAUCCAUCCCAGCCUGCCAACCGUAUUCAGCUCAUGAUCAGAAAGCUUAAAGCCAAGACUGUCGUCUGCUCCCCCCAGCAAUACGAUCUUUGUCGCAGCAUGGGCGAAGACCUUAACAUCGUUGUUCUGGAUGCAGAGACACCUGAGGCGAAUCUUCCAGAGCCGUCUCCGUCUACUGUGAAGCCAGAGAACGCUGCGUAUGUCAUUUUCACAUCUGGAAGUACUGGUGAGCCCAAGGGUACCAUCAUUCAACAUGGUCACUUUGCCAUUGGCUCGGUGACGCAUGCUCCAGCAAUGCUCAUGGAUGGUAAUAGCCGAGCUCUGCAAUUUGCCUCCUGGACCUUUGACGCCAGUAUUGUGGAGACAAUUACCAUUUUGAUUAUUGGUGGCUGUAUCUGUAUCGCAUCUGAGGAGCAGAGAAAAAGGGAUGUGGCCGAGGCAGUCCGUACCACCAGAGCCAACUGGGCGGCACUCACACCAUCCUUCGUCAACCUGCUCACCCCUGACGAUGUUCCAUCUAUCAAGGUCCUGAUUCUGGCUGGAGAAGCUAUGUCUCAAUCCCACAUCGAAACCUGGGGUCACCGUGUAAGACUGGUCAAUGGAUAUGGUCCGUCCGAGUGCUGCGUUGCCUCCACUUCCAACAUUGAUGUGACGCUUAAUACUAGCCCACGUAACAUUGGAACUACGUGCUCUGGUGCUGCUUGGGUUGUUAUGCCCACCAACCACCACCGAUUGGUGCCUGUUGGUAGUGUUGGAGAGUUGGUUCUCGAGGGUUGGAACGUUGGUCGCGGGUAUCUUGAUGAGCCAGCCAAGACAGAGGCUGCGUUCGUCGAGAACCCGCUGUGGAUGGAUCUUGAUAAUGAGAUGAGACCUCCAGUUGUCUAUAAGACUGGUGAUUUGGUCCGUUACAACGCGGAUGGGUCCCUUGACUUCCAGCGCCGGAAGGACACCCAGGUCAAGCUGCGUGGCCAGCGUGUCGAGCUUGGAGAGAUUGAGUAUCGCAUUAAGCAGAGCUUGCCCAACAAGCCAGAUGCUGUCGUCGACAUUGUUUGCCCCAAGGACGCUUCUGACCAGCCUCGUUUGGUUGCAUUCAUCCCGGUGCCUGUUGAGGAGGCCCGCCGGAAGCCAAACUCGAUCUUCAUGCUGAACCAGCCUGAGACAAUCAUCCCUCCGCUGAAUGAGCGACACUUGACUUCAAUUUCUGGUCUUGAAGACCGCUUGUCGGACUUCCUUCCCAUGCACAUGAUCCCCAGUGCCUAUCUUCCGGUUUAUCACAUUCCUAAGAUGCCCUCUGGCAAGGCAGACCGAAAGACCCUGAUCAAGAUCGGAAGUGGAUUUACGCACCGCCAGAUGGCUGAGUACUCCGGUGCUACUGAAGAUACUCGCCCGGCCACUACUGAGAUGCAGAUCAUCAUGCAGCAGAUGUGGGCAGAGGUCCUGAAAAUGCCUGCUGCGCAGAUCAGCUUGAAUGACAACUUCAUUCGUCUAGGUGGUGAUUCUAUCACUGCAAUGCGACUGGCUUCGGCAUCGCGUACUCGAGGCAUCCCUCUGUCCACAGCCACCAUCUUCGGACAUCCGACUCUUGAGGCCAUGAGUACCCUUGCGGAGUCCAUGUCGCAGCAACGGCUACCCCAGACCUUCGAGCCCUUCUCUACCCUCAAGUCAAUCUCCAAGGACAGGCUUCUUGACGAUAUCAUUCUCCCCCAAGUUGGUGUGCCUGCAUUCCAGGUCCAGGAUGCCCUGGAAUCCACUGACUUCCAAACGCUUGCCAUCAACGGUGGUCUCAACCAGACCCGCGGGUGGAGCAACUACUUGGUCUUCGAUUUCGAGGGACCUAUUGACCUUCAUCGAUUGCAGACGGCCUGUGAGAAGCUCAUCGCCCGUCAUGACAUCCUCCGCACCGUUUUCGUGUCGACUGGCUCCGCACUGAUCCAGGUUGUGCUCCGCUCGGUCACCCCCGAGUACAGCUUGCACUACCAGGAUGAGCAGGACCCAACUGAGAAACUCAUUCGUGAUGAUCUCGCCCGCCCGCCUCAUCUAGGUGAGAUUAUCACACGAUUCAUGCUUGUCAAGAACGGUGCCACUAAGCACCGACUGAUCAUGCGCGUUUCGCAUGCUCAGUACGACGGUGGCUCCAUGCCUCAUCUGAUGCAGGAUCUACGUGCUGCUUACCGCCGUGACGAAUUGCCCGAUAGAACCCAAUUCGGUGACUUUGUGCGUAUGCAGCUCCACAGCAGUGAGAAUGCCGAAGCCUUCUACAAGGAGAUGCUCGCCGGUGCGAACAUGACCUCGGUUGUCUCGCACACCACAUCCUCUAAAACCAACGUGCUCAACACCAUGGCAGCCGAUAUGGUGCCCCUAGUGGCAUUCAAGAGCCACGGUAUCACAGCUGCCACUGUCGUCAAGGCCGCCUGGGCCCUGACCCUCGCCGACAUGGCAGCAACACCAGACGUUGUGUACGGACACAUGGUCUCCGGACGUAACCUUUCACUCGACGGUGUGGAGGGCAUCGUCGGCCCCUGUUUGAACAUUGUGCCAGUGCGUGCCAACAUGACACAGAUGACCACCGUCCUCGAGCUCCUGCACCACAUCCAACAGCAGCAGACCGACACCAUCCCCCACGAGAGCAUGGGCUUCCAGCAAAUCAUCAACAAAUGCACCAAGUGGUCUUCAGCAACCCGCUUCAGCUCCGUGUUCCAAUACCAGGACUUCGGCGGCGAGGAAGCCGCGCCAGGCCAGCCCGUGAACUUCGAAGGCAUCCUCAAAUGUGCACCUGGCUUCGUUUGCCCUUCGCCAGACGCCUGUGACAUGUCCAUUCUGGCCACGCCUGCCGGCGACAAGAUCCGCAUCGAGAUGAUUUUCUCGAGCCACGCCAUCCCGCGCGAAUUCGCCGACAGCAUGCUGAAGAAGCUCGGCUCCAAGCUCGCCCUGAUCUCCAGUAACGUCGAGGGUCCAUUGAUCACGCACCAGAUGCUUUCCCAAAAGCCCCAGAUUCCUCUGCCCGAGCCAGGCGUCAAGGUCGCUCCUGCUCCGGCCCCUGUCGAUCCUCCUCGCAAGAGCAGUGGUCGUGGUCUCAGUGGCGUUGUCAAGGCUAUGGUCAGCGGUAUCAACUCCCACCUCUCGCCCCCGAGUAGCCCGAUCACCCCAACUACCCCCACAAUGCCAAAUAGCCCGACCAGCCCGACUGGCUCGGAUCGCCCGUUGAGUGCGCAAAGUGGAGGCCUUGCUCCGCUUGAUGCUAAAAUCAACUUGUUGGCGUCGGUGAAGAUUAACUGA